CCUUCAUUCUUCAACCUUUGCUUCCUCGCUCUAGAUUCCAUGUCUCUCUCUCUUUCCUCCGCCGUAUAGCCACCGGGAAAAAAACUUUCUCACCGUGUCUUAUCAGAAACCUUCGCGAACUAUGCACUCCUUUUCCCGUUAUCCUCCUAGUACGAGUCGGAUCUGUAAUCUGUUUUCUCUUUUCCCAACCCUAAUCGGAGCUAAUCACACCUCUGCUCGUUUCUCCUCUCGUUAGUCCUGUUCCGCCUCCUCAGAUUUAGGGUUUCCUCCUCUCUCCAAUUAACAAACCGAGAGCUAUUCUUUCGUUCUUUUUCCUCUGCGUGUGAAUUUCUUAAUUUGUUUCUCCUCCUCUUUUUGGGGGCCUUGUAAAGUAGUUUUAGAGUGAGGUAUCAUGGAGACUUCCAUGGGGAAGCCGAGCUUCUUGCGUAAUAUCAUGGUUCGUGUGCUUCUCUUCGGCGUUCUGAUCAUCGUUGUUCGAUUUGCUUAUGUUGUCACCAUCACUGGAGAAUCGUGCAAUCGCGGCGACUUCUGCUUCUUCUCUCUCCCUGAGAAUCUCAACUUCGUCAUCUCCGGCGGCGCUGCUUCCGGAGCUUCUGCUAUCGACGCCAUCAGAUCUACCUCCGUGGGAGAUGAUCUGUACACGAGCAGGGAUUGGAUCAAAGCCGUUCAGUUUUACUCGUCCAUUUUUCAGGAUCUGAUCGCCGAAGGUUAUCUCUCGCCGGAAUCGAAGGCGCUGUGUGUAGAGACGGCUAUUGGGCAGGAGGUUUUCUCGCUGAGAGAGAUUGGGGUAAAGAACUCGGUGGGGAUCUCUAAGAAAGCUUUUCGGCCGCUGGUGGUGAGAGGCGAGGGACACGCUGUACCCUUCGAGGACAAGACGUUCGAUUUCGUCUUCUCCGGCGGUGGACGCCUUGGGAAGUCGCUGAAGCAGUUGGAAUUUGCCGAGGAGAUUACUCGAACCCUGAAACCCGAAGGGUUUGCGGUGGUUCAUGUUGGGGCUACAGAUACGUACAGUUUCAAUUCAUUCCUUGAUUUGUUUAAUUCUUGCAAAUUGGUGAGGAUGCGUGAUUUGGAUGGCUUUGAUUCCUCGAUGCCUCAUAUCAGAGAAUUUGUUAUUCAGAAAUACUCUGAGAUUGAAGCUCAGAAGAAGAACUCCGGUGGUGGUGGUGGUGGUGAUUCCAAGUGCUGGAUCCCUGGUUACAAAAGGGACCUGAUUCGGGAUGCAGAGCCACUGAUUGAAGUGGAGCCUCUUAAGCCAUGGAUCACCCUCAAGAGGAACAUUAAGAACAUUAAAUAUCUCCCUUCUAUGGUAGACAUCCGUUUCAAGAGCAGAUACGUAUACGUUGAUGUCGGCGCUCGCAGCUAUGGAUCUAGCAUCGGGAGCUGGUUCAAGAAAGAGUACCCAAAGCAGAACAAAACUUUUGAUGUUUUCGCCAUCGAAGCUGACAAAGCCUUCCAUGAAGAGUAUAAGGUGAAGAAGAAGGUGCAGCUAUUGCCGUACGCAGCAUGGGUGAGGAAUGAGACGUUGUCAUUCGAGAUAAAUCACGAUCCGGGAAAGGAAGCGGAAGCGAAAGCAAUGGGCAGGGGGAUGGGCAGAAUCCAGCCAGUUAAGAAAUCUUCGUCGAGCUUAGCUGGAGAGGUGAAUUUGAUUCAAGGGUUUGAUUUCGCUGACUGGCUGAAGAAGAGUGUGAGAGAGAGGGACUUUGUUGUGAUGAAGAUGGAUGUUGAAGGAACUGAAUUCGAUCUAAUCCCAAGGCUUAUCAAGACUGGAGCCAUUUGUCUAAUCGAUGAGUUGUUCCUUGAAUGCCAUUACAACAGGUGGCAGAGAUGCUGUCCGGGUCAAAGGAGCCAAAAGUACAACAAGACCUACAACCAAUGCUUAGAGCUCUUCACUUCGCUCAGACAAAGUGGGGUGCUUGUCCAUCAAUGGUGGUAAUGCUUGUUGGCCGCUGCAUCAUCUCAUUUCCUUUCGCCAAUCUACCAAAUAUGUACUUUCUUCUUCUAGAAUACAAAGCGGAUAUUGUAGUUUUCUAUUAUAAAACCAAAAGAAAAAAUUACUCUCUGUCUUUGCUGAAAUUCCCUUUACUGUAAGAAGUUUAGCUUGAAAUGGAAAUUUGAGUUUCUCUCACUUUCACAA